CCAAAUACACCAAUUCCCAGUUCCCCCUAUACUUCCUGUGCUUCUCUCAUGUGCUUCUCUCAAUGUUUUGUUUUUUAGAACCCCAGGAGAUAUCUGCAGCUCUUAGAGCCGGGUUGUGAGGACAACUAUGGGAUGAACUAUAAUGGAUGGCACCGUAAAGAGCAAAAAGAAGUGGCCAUCACCAUCGUUAAGGAUAUCGAGAACAAAAAAGGAAUCCUGCGAGAAGUUGACAUCCUAGAAGCAGUUAAGGGCCACAAAAAUGUGAUCGGCUUUUACGGGGCAUUUUACCACCCUGCCUCUGUGAAGAUGCCGGAACGUGAAGGACUGUGGAUUUCUAUGGAGCGUUGGUCUGGUGUAUCCGUGCAAGAACUCAUCAACACCAGACGCUCCCUGUCAGAGGACUGGAUUGCCUAUAUCUGCAGGGAGGUGUUACAGGGCCUGUGUCAUCUUCAUAAACAGAAGGUCAUCCAUCACGACCUGAGGCCCCAGAAUAUAAUAGUGACAUCAUCCGCUGAUGUAAAGAUCAGUAAGUGACGCUUGGAAUCUGAACAAAGGGAUAGUA